UUGACUUUACAGCUUACAAACCUCGCAAGUUCGCAUAAGGCUCAUAUGUAGAGCUGGAUCCUCGAACAGUAUAAAAGGUCGACGGUUUCUUCCCUUAGCUGUUCAGCAGCACUCCUCUGCAUCUUCCGGUGUCCACUUCUCUUGCACCUUCGCACUUGUAUCAUCAUGCGUUUCACGCUCGCCACCGUCGUCGCCGCCCUCCCCUUCUUGGUUGAGGCUGCCCCCGCUCUCCAGUCUCGGGCUCCCUCCACCAAGGUCCCCAUCCAGAAGCGCUCGACGCUCGCCCACGCUGAUGGUUCUGUGAACUUCACGGCAGUCAAGGCUCACGUUGACUCGAUCAAGGCUAAAUACGAGCGCGGAUUCGCUGCCUACGAGAAGAACACCGGGUCGGCUCACCCUCUUGCUUCCAAGAGCGCGUCCAAGCGUGCCACCGGCAACGAUGCCUUGACGGAUGACAACAGCGAGCUCUGGUACGGCAAGAUCUCUGUCGGCACUCCCGCUGUCGACUACACCGUCGACUUUGACACUGGCUCAUCCGACCUCUUCCUCCCGGGCCCUGACUGUGACUCGUCCUGCUCUGGUCACACCGCCUACGACCCCUCCAAGUCGUCCAGCUCCUCUGACGUCGGCCAGACCUUCUCCCUGUCGUACGGUGACGGAUCCACCGUCUCCGGCGAGCAGUACACCGACACUGUUGCCAUCGCCGGUCUGACCGCCACCAAGCAGACCCUCGGUGCCGCCAAGCAGUACUCGACGGGCUUCCAGUCCUCGCAGUUCCCCGCUGACGGUCUCAUGGGCAUGGGCUACCAGGCCAUCUCCUCCUACGGCGCCUCCCCCGUCUUCAACACCCUCGUCUCCGAGGGCCAGACCGACGCCGGCGUCUUCGGCUUCAAGCUGACCAAGGACGGCGCUGAGCUCACCGUCGGCGGCACCGACUCUGCCUCCGUCUCGGGCGACUUCACCUACGCUCCCGUCACCAAGCAGGGCUACUGGCAGUUCUCCGCCGACGGCCUCAAGAGCGGCAAGGGCUCGAUCGCCAGCUUCGACGCGAUCGCCGACACCGGCACCACCCUCAUCGUCGGUCCCCCCGACGACGUCGACAAGUUCAUGACGAGCAUCGGCGGUACCGCCAGCUCGGACUCGUCGUCCCAGGGCCUCUACACAUUCCCCUGCGACAGUCUCCCAGAUAUCUCGGUGACCAUCGCCGGCACCGAUUUCGCCAUCUCGUCAGAUACGCUUAACCUCGGCGCCGCGACGUCGGGCGGCUCGGACUGCAUUGCUGGUAUCCAGGGCGAGGACCUCGGCCAGGGCUUCUGGAUCCUCGGCGACGUCUUCCUCUCGAACACCUACACCGCGUUCGACUUCGACAACAACCAGGUCGGCUUCGCCAAGCUCGCCUAA